CCAAGAAGGGCCCGAGAGCGCCCAAGAUGUUCCGAGACGGCCCUCCGUAGCCACUUUGGCUCAAGCCUGUCGGGCUCUUGGACUGCGCCGCUUCUCAGCGCACAUCGCACGUCGGAUACCGCACCACCAGUUUUGUCCAGAUGCCGAUGGCGCUGCUGCUGGUACUCUGCACCCCCUUGGCUAGUGCCGUCCGCCUGAGCAUCAGGAGCGAGACGGACCACAGCGCCGCCUCGCGUGCCCAGGUGCAGGCCUCGGCUGCUUCGGCGGAGGCCAUGCAGUACUUCCGCAGGCUCGAGGCCGCGUCGUCCAGGAGGCCGGUGCUCGUGCCUCCGGGCGACGUCCGCAGGGCGGAGGUCUCCAGGCCUUCCAGCGAGCACCGCUCCAGCCUCCUGGGCCUGGACUCAAGCCAGGCGCACAGGGUGGCGGGGGAGUUCCAGCCUUCGGCGGAGUUCCAGGCCGAGGGCGCGGUGGACGCGUCGGGGCGGCAGUCGCAGGGGUACAGCCAGGGCUCCGAGCUGCCGUGGGGCGUCGGGUCGCCACGGACCGGCGACUCGCUGCCGAUCGCCCAUUACUCGGCCAUGCCUUUCAUGGAUUUCCCCAAAGAGAUCGAGUACAGCCUGGAGACGGGCGACAACGUUCAGAGCUUCAGCAGCGCCUCGCAGGACGUGAAGCUCAUCACGCAGGUGCUGGAGAACGUCACCAACGGCUUCUACCUUGAUUCCAACGGGGGCGAUGGUGAGAAGAACAGCAACACGCUCUUGCUCGAGCUCACAGGCUGGCGCGGCCUGAUCUUAGAGCCCCGUGUGUACGAGUUUGUGACCUUGUGGGGCAAGUUCCGGAAGGCGUGGUUGUUUCUUGGGGCCAUGUCUCCGCACGAGAACGCUACGAAGAUCGGAUUCGCCCAGGAUGGCACGAUCGACAUGUUGAGCGGGCACAAGAUCCACGCCUACGCUUUGCCGAGGUUUCUCGAAGAGAUGGGCGGCAGGAGAAGCAUCGACUUCUGGAGCCUGAGCACUGGUGGGUACGAGGCGGAGGUCCUCAACGAGACCUUGCUUAACUCGGGGAAGAACAUCGAGAUCGGCGUAAUCCUGGUUAAGUUCGACGGCCGUCGCACUGGUCGUGGCGAUCAGUCUUUUGUUCAAGCUAGGUCCAAGGAUGACACUGAAGAGCUAGUCUUUGAGAUCAUGCACAACGCCAGCUUCAAGUACAUCGGAGGUCUCGAUGCGUAUUGGAUCAAUUACGUCGAGCCGCGUUUCCACUACAAGGACGCUGUGUUCGUGAACCCCUCAUACUUCCAGGUGCGGGACAUCCCGACCCCGCAAUCGAUCAAGGCUGCACCCCCUCCCCCGCUGAGCUACCCCCUGGCCGACCACGACUGGCUCGGCUUCAGCUCCUGGGACUCGGGCUACUCCGCCGACGAGGAGGUCCAGAGGAUCACGGCAUACAUGGAGAAGGCGAAGCGGGACGCCACUGCAGCGGAGCCAGUGGCGAAGGCCCACCGCGUGGAGCCGUCGAGGCUGGUCGGCGUCGAGUGAGCGGCGGCCUCGCAAGUGCGGGGCGGGGCUUCGCCUCCGUCCGCUCGCGGCUGCCCGCGGCGAGUGGCGCCCGCGCCCGCGGCGACGUGCGCUCGCGGCCGCCGCCGAGGGCCUCGCAGGCCGCUGCGGCCCAGCCCGCGCGGGCACCACUGCGUUUUGUUUUUGCACCGGUGCGUUUUGGCACUGGUGCGCCCUUUUGGCAUUGGUGCGGUCCCGCUGGCACGGAAGCCUGGGUGAGAUGUCCCAACUCUCUCUUAGGGCUCGGAA